CAUGGUUCCAUCGUUAAAAAAAAUUUUCAGAAAAACAAUAUUUCUCCCAUUAAUAUUAUGAAAGUUAUAUUUUUUAAACUUUCCAUACACUGGUGUAGACGAAAAAGCACCGAUUAUUAUGGGAUAAUAAAAAUAAUCAGUAAUUAUAUACCGUUUUUCUAAAAUAAACAACUUGCAACAAAAUCGCGGUUAAAUCUACGCGUUCAAGCGAUUCGAGUAACUGACGUCUUCAACCCGUGUGUCAUCUUGAACCAUAUUAUAACCGCGCCACAUGACGCAGAAAUUUUGGUUAUUCGCUUGGAUUUGUAUCAUUUUGAAAUCUUCAUUUUGUUCAGUUUCAUAGAGAAAUUGCGGCAAAGGUGUAUGACGCAUGUUAAGAUUGAUAAGACUAAAAUUUCAAAUAACCUCAAUUUUCUGACAGUGACAGUUUUAGAUCAAAAAUGAAGGACAUCGAAGCAAAAAGAGAAGCGAGAAGAAGAAAAAUUCUAGAGAAUGCUGAUAGGCGUUUAAAGAAAAUCACUGGAGUUGAAGACAAAAAUACAGUUGCUGAAAUCGAUGCUAUAGCAAAAAAUCUGCAUUACAAUGAAAGCAGUGUAGGUCAAGAAAUCAAUGGUAUACUAAGCACACACUCUUGGAGCCAAGAAACAGGCGAUGACUUGGAGAUUAGGACACUUUACAAUAACAUAACUGCCCAAGAAAAUUCUGUACCAAAAUUGGAAGUGAGAGUUGCUCAAAAAGGAUGGCAUCAGUUUUACAUUUUCAUUCUUCCCAUAUUACUUAGUUUAGGUCUCGCAUCAUGUAAUUUGCUAAAGGUAGAUCCUGAAACAAUAUACCUAAAUCGAAUAUUCUUACCUUUGAUAGCAUUUGAGAUAAUCAAUUUUUAUGGAGGUGCUCAGCAAGACUCGUCAACCUCAAGUUUGAUCGCAUCUCUCUUAGUAACAAAUAGAAAUAAUUAUCUCUCAACAUAUUUUAGAUAUACCAGCAUAUUUUUCCAUAUAUUUCAAGAUGUUCUGAUAUAUUUCUUUGUAUUUAUAGUAAGUCAUACCUUUAUGAACAUAAUAUUUUUUCCAAAAUUCUGAAUUUGUUUGGGUGCCUCAUAGAUAUGGUGUAUAUAAUUGUCUCUCAAAUAAACAAUUUUAUUUAACA